AUGGCGCUACCGCUGAAGCCAGGCCUGACGCCGGCCGAGGUGGCCUUCCUGUGCGAGAUGGAGAUGGUGACGGUGAUACCUCGCCAGCGCCUCGAGUCGCUCGAGCUGCUCGGAGGCCCUACCAAAGCCCUUACACCACCCUUUCCCACGCCGCUACCUCUAUGGCUCGCCUUGCUACUCAAACGCCAGCGUCGCGCAAACAUCCUGCCUCCACCCUGGCUCAACCCCGAAGCUCUCUCCGCCAUCCUCGACAUCGAGGUCGACAACGAAGACCUCUUCUCUCCACCACCUCCGCUUCCUGCAGCAAAGACUCUACCAUCAGAUCAAUAUCUGGACCAGACUGCUUUGGAAGUAUCAGCUCCUUUCUUACCCUCGAGUACCUCAAACGCUGCACCGGAUGCCUUACCUUACCACUGGCUGGAGCUGAGCCACAUGCUCCUGUCGCAUGCAUCCGAUGACUUUCAGGAGCCCGAUACCGUCAGGCGUUUGCUGCGCGAUCUCAAGGAGGUGCGCAUGGCCAAGCUCAGAAAAGGUAUAAGGGUGCUGGAUGCUGGUGCAGGCGUACAAAUGAACGGUGUGGGAGCUCUCGAGAUUGCCGAAUCGAGAACCUUUAUCGCUGGUGUCGUUGACGGCCUGAGGUAUCUCACUCCGUAUCACAACAUCCCAACAAGCCUGCUAACAUGCAUCACAGAAAGANUCGGUGCCUCGAGAGAACAGACGCGCAAGGAAAGAGACGCCGAAGAUGCCGAGAACGGCUAUGCUGCGAGCUCAAUCGACGACCAAGACGAUGACAUGUUAUGA